AUGGCCAACCAGAACACCUGCGAAUACUUGGACAACAUCAAAGCUAAAAUCUUCGAAAAUAUGCGUAUGAUACCUCAUUGCCCUAGCGUUCAGAUGCAGGACAUCCCCCCAGACACGAUUGACGUAGAGGAGGCGGAAGCUGCGGCUAAGGACUUCGCAGAUCCUGACAAACGUAUCUCAAUUCUAGCUGCAGAUAAGGCAGUUAUGCCAGAAAACGAAUUUUACGAUGAACCAGAAGAAGGCAGUGGUGCGGCUCUUCGUUCUGGCAAAUCUGCAUCACGUGAUGUGCAGAACCACCGGGACCCUCCAAAGCGAGCCAGAACAGAAGAGGACGGGGCGUCUACCGCUAAAGAUUCGAGCUCCAAAGAUAGUAACAUCAACAAAAAAGCGGAUGUUGCCAGUGAUAAGGUGAAUUGA